AACGUGAACCAAGAAAAGAAACGGUACAAGUGACAUGAUGGCGCGAACUUCCUCUAUUCCAGCGAGACGGACAUGUAGGCUCGUUCUUGUCGGAUAAUGCGAUAGUUCGCCUCCGGAUCAGAUUCACCCGUGAGGAUGCAGGAGGCCAUUGCCCGGUUCUGCGUGGUGGUGGCGGCGGCCAUUCUCAACCACCCCUUACUGUUCCCUGAGAACAGCACGGUGCCGGCCCCAGACCAGGAGGACGACCUCCUGGCCCGCAUGAAGGAACACCAGGAGCGUCUGGAGGCUGAGCAGGCUCAGCUAGAGAAAGAGCUCUUCACGGAGGAGGACACAGACAUUGUGCCGGACUACUUCUGGUACUUCUGGAGUACCUUUUCCUUCAUCGUCUUCUUCACCAUCGAAAUGUGCAGACAGAAAUCAAGUCAAGUGGGAUACCAGAGCUCAGACACUGGGCAAAGUGAAGAUGAGGAGGUCUGGUUCGGUGGUGGAGGUACCACCAGCACAGGAUUGGCUUUAGAGAAGGGUGCUCUUGUGAACUUCUGUGAAACGUGUUUCCAUGGGGUGACCCACGAGAGCCGCAGGGUACGCGAGUUCGUGGAAGGCUUCGCUGAUGACCUGCUAGAAGCUAUGAGAAGUGUAGGGGACCGCGAUGCCGACAUGGAAGUGGAGGACUUUGUCGGGGUGGGGAGCGUAUUUGAGAGCUGGGCCGUGUGCAAGCCCUUUACGUGCGACCUCAUCGUGCCGUUCUCCCCGCCUGAGCCCUACUGCUACCAGUUCCAGGUGUGGUGCGGCCCGUCGGGCGACUUGACGCCAGACUUGUGGCAGGGCUGUGGCCAGAUCCGCCUGACCACAUUGGGCCAGGGCUGCACCAACUGCCAGUGUGGGUCCGCUGCCAGUCCUAACGAAGACAUGCUGUGCCUGGUCCACAGUAGCAGGGCCGGUGCAGAUCCCUCCAAAGAAGACGACCACAGCCUUGAGGAGCUUCUCUGCUCCAAAGGUGCAGACGUUCUGUCCAAAGACCAGGUCAUGAAGUGGUUCCAGAUCUCUGUGACCAAAGCGUGGGCUCGCAUCUCGCACAAGUACGAAUUCGAGCUCACCUUCCGGAACCUUGACUCCCCAGGUGCCCUGAAGAUCCGCCUCAGGUCUGGCAAGGUGGUUCUUCUCAACUUGACCCCGGUGGUGCAGCUGGAGGACACAGACGCCUACUUGAUCUCACAAUUCCCCACAGACGACAGUGGUGAGAGCUCCUCCUCCGACACGCACUGGCUCCUUUCCCUCUCCGUGUACGAAAGAAACCUGCUCAGGCACCUAGCCAAGAGCCUUCCUGACAAUUCUUGCCACAUUCGAUGUCUGCAGAUUGCUUCGUUCCUCCACAAAAAGCAGACUGCCCUGACCGGAAGAUGUGGCCUCACUAACUAUCACCUCAAAACUGCACUGCUUCACUUGUUGCUUGCUAAACGUCCUUCUGAAUGGGGACCACAAAACCUAGACCAAAGACUUGAAGAACUUGUUGGUUUCCUUCAGAAAAGCAUUCGGGAAAAGAGGCUCUGUCAUGUCAUCAUCGGCAACUCUUUGCUUCCAGAAGAAAUCAGAGUUCCUGAAAUGUUCCGGUUGGCAGAGGCGGUCAAUCUGUUCCGACCGCUGGUUCUGCAGAGGCAGCUUCAUGCUGCUGUCAUGGUACAUGUCCAAGAGAUGGUCCGGAAUGCUCCGGUCUUGAUUCAGGAAUACACAACUCGUAUUCCCAAUGGAGAUGUUUUCCAUGGGUCACCACGUUCAGGUCUACGUUCAUAGUGUAUGUCGCUCAAAGCACAAAGGUCAGCGUUUCCCAUGACAGAAACUGAAGAGACUCUUGGCAUGAAGCAAGUUUUUUUGUGUGUGGGAUUUUUUUUUUUUUAAACGCAGCUAUUAUGAUUGCAGCAACUAAGAUGAAGAAAACAAUUGUCCUUAUUUUUUUCUCAUUGUCUUUCUGAAUACGGAUCAUAGUUGGUUCUGUUGAACAGGACAGUUAUGUCAUUGCACACGUUACAACUACAAGUACACUGCGUUUCCCAAGCUUUCAGCAUGGUCUGUAAACACUGACGUGUCAGUGUCUGUAAAUUAUGUUGCAUUCCUUUAUUCAGGUCAAUGUCUGUAAAUUAUGUUGCAUUCCUUGUGGAAUAAGCGGUUUCCACUGUCAUCACUUGAAGUUACUCAAUUCAUUCCUCAGAACAAUAUGCCAAUGGUACUGUGUUGCAUCAACAGAUUCCCCUUUUCCUGGGAACCUUGACAUUGGAUAUAAUGUUAAAAAAUACUAGUCCAUGAUGUACACAAUAAUGAUAUCCAGAAUAGAAUUCUCGCGAGCCAAAUGUUCUGUAUCUCUGCUCUACAGAAAUGCAAUGUUACUUUUACUACAGAAUGUGUCUUCAAGUCCUGAGAGCUUUUAAAAGUUUACUUGUUUACUCAGUUCUAUCAAUCUGAAGUGUAAUUCAAUAAUGAAUCAAACAUGUUGGGACACUGCACGCCAUUUUAGAAGACAGAGAGAUGUAAUUUAAAAAAAUACUUAAAGGGAUGUAGGUAGCUGAAGCACUUGAUCAAACUUUCUCCAAAGUGUUUAGAUGACGUACGUCACUUCCACUUCACAUUAAUGGUAAACUGUAACCUCUAGACAUAUUCUUACUGUAACUCCAAGUACUAUACAACUACAUGUUCUUAUAGAGGAAACUCACAUGUUACAUUUCAAAGCUCUUACCAAAAAAUGGAACUGCACGUAGGCCUACUGCGAUGUGACCUUGAUUUAGUGUCAUCACCACCAACAUUCACAGCUUUUAAUGUUGACGCUAUUUCAAACAACACAUACUGUAUCUGUCACAGUGUGUAUGUGCCGAGAUGGGCAUAUGACUGCUCAGUAGGCCUUUCCCUGACAAUUCCUGUGUUAAAGCAUGCCUUUUUCAGACACUUUCGGGUAGAGUGAUCUUGAAGAGAGCUGGGAGGAAGAUUUUUUUUGUCAUGUUCAUGUUCAUGUUCAAAAAACAUGAAAUGACCUUGCUGCUUGAGUAUAUACAAGAAGAAUUCUGAUUUUGGCGUCAAAUCUGUCUGCUAUGCACACUUUGUAAUAGUGUACUAAGUGUACUAUGUUGUGUUCAGUUUGUUCUUUUUUCCCCUAAGAUGUUAAAAAUGUAUUACGGUAUACAAUAACGAAAGUAUUUAUAUUGAAAUGUAACAUGUUUUGUUUACAUGAAUAAAUG